AUGCUCGAAUCGCGCAUACAAGAAUACAUGUUGGUUGUGCGACGAGGCGGCGCAUUAUCACAAGUGGCCGCCCACACCUACGAAAUGGGUCGCGAGUUUAACUUCGCAGCCACCAAAACAGUCGCCCACGCCGGAAACAAAGCAGGCCGAGAAUUGAUUGAAGACUGGGCCUCGGAUGUGAACUCGGUCAGUCGAUUUAUCGAUCUGGCGCCGGCGUACAGAGCCCUGCGCAGUCAUCUCCAGUCUUGCGCCGUCGGUCGAUGA